UCAUCCUGAACCAAAAACGUUGAGAAAUCAACCCCUUGGUUUCAGUAUCUCUUUCUCUUUCUCAAGUCUUCAAACCAAGCGUCCUCUCUCUCUCUCUCUCUCUACACUUUCUCUCUCUUCCUGGCUUCGCCAUCUCCAAGAAUCGAACAAUCACGGUUUGAACCUCUCCGCCUCCGCCACACAGAUCCACAGAGCUCCGAUCUCAGUCUCAAUUGCCUCGUUUUCGGAAUGCCAUUGUUGUUGAUCGCUUGAGUGUUGAAUUGUUGCCUUGAAUUUGACUCUGAUUGUGGAGAGAAAGAGAGAGAGUCUGAGUUUCACAGGUUUUUGAUGGGAGCCGUGCCUUCAACGCCGCGCUGGGGCAGUGCUGCGCGGCCUCAAGACACGGCGGAGUACCUAAUCGGAACGUUCGUCGGCGAAAAAUCGUUCCCUCUCGCCUCCGAUUACUGGCAGAAAUUGCUCGAGCUUCCUCUCGACCUCGACUGGCCUGCUCACCGUGUUCGUCAAGCCUGCGAGGUUUUUGCACAGAACAACUAUUACACAAGGCACCUUGCAAAGAUAUUGAUUCACCUUGCGUGGUGUUUGCAAGAGUGUGCUUCUACUUCUGGUGCGCUGCCAUCUGCUUUUAUGAAGGCUUUUAAUGCAACAUACAUCUCAUCUGUAUUCCUGAAGCAUUUAAUUGAAAAUGCCAAAAGCGACACUUUUGAAGAAUUAUACCUGUCCAUAGGCGAGAGUGAAGCAGUACCGAAUAAUUCCUUGCGAGAUCAGAACAUUGCAAAUCUUGUUAUCCAUAGUUUGCUUAGCUUUAUUGGAAAAGUAGAUGUAAGUCCCAACACGUAUCUCCUACACCACGAAGUGCUCAACUUUAUGCUCGUUGCGAUGUCAACUCAGCUUGUUUCUGGUCCAUCACCUGGACCGAAGGAUAUUCAUCCAUUCAUUGAUGUGGCAAUGGUUCAGGAAAGCUCUUUGGUUGGGUUGGUUGUUCACAAACUGCUACUUAAUUACAUCUCACAGCCUCGCUUGCCCUUAAAUAGUGCAUCGUAUAACAUGUUUCCUGAAGGAAAUCACAUUAGUGUUCUACACAGAGUUGGUUCUGCGGCUGCAAGUUUUGUGUUAUUGCCAUUUAGUUACUUUGUCAGUUCAAGUGGUGAGGCUUCUCGAAGUGCAUUGGCGGACAGCAGUCUUCAUGUUUUACUUACUCUCAUUCAUUACCGUAAAUGUGUUUUGGAUGCGAGUGUGAAAGAUAAAAGUGAUGACAGUGCCACUUCAGAGUUUGUUCUAAAAGAAAAUACAUAUUUUUCUGAAAACCCUUACUGCAAGGCCUUAGAAAAUGCUAGGGACAUCGAAAUUGAUCGUGUUGAUAUCGAGGGGAAUGCACACAGUGGUCCACUUGUGAGAUUACCUUUUGCUUCUCUCUUUGAUACUCUUGGCAUGUGCUUGAAUGAUGAGACUGCUGUCCUACUGCUUUAUUCACUGGUGCAUGGGAACUCUGAUUUUUUGGAGUAUGUUUUGGUGCGAACUGAUUUGGAUACACUGUUGGUGCCCAUGCUGGAAGCGCUGUAUAAUGCUUCAAAAAGGACAUCCAAUCAAAUCUAUAUGGUGCUGAUUAUCCUUCUAAUACUCAGUCAGGAUUCUUCUUUCAAUGCCAGCAUUCACAAGCUGGUAUUGCCUAGUGUUCCAUGGUACCAAGAACGCCUGCUCCAUCAAACAUCUCUCGGUUCCUUGAUGGUCAUAAUUCUGAUAAGGACUGUGAAGUACAAUUUAUCUAAGCUGCGGGAUGUUUAUCUCCACACAAAUUGUUUGGCAACUUUGGCUAACAUGGCACCCCAUUUCCACCGUUUGAGUGCAUAUGCUUCACAGAGACUUGUUAGCCUUUUUGAUAUGCUCUCACGCAAGUACUCCAAAUUAGCGGAGCUGAAAAAUGAUAAGAUGCAUAUAGGGUAUGGUGAAUCAAUAGGGGGAGACAGCCUUCCAGAAGAUUCGUCAACAGAAUUGCAUAUUUAUACCGACUUCCUGAGAAUUGUUUUGGAAAUAUUAAAUUCAAUUCUGACUUAUGCCCUUCCGCGUAAUCCUGAGGUUGUAUAUGCGAUUAUGCACAGGCAAGAGAUCUUUCAGCCUUUCAAGAAUCAUCCACGCUUUAAUGAGCUGCUUGAGAACAUAUUUACUGUCUUGGACUUUUUCAAUAGCCGUAUGGAUGCCCAAAGAGUGGAUGGUGAAUGGUCCGUGGAGAAAGUUCUACAAGUCAUAAUCAUCAAUUGUCGAUCUUGGCGGGGUGAUGGCAUGAAGAUGUUUACUCAAUUACGUUUUACAUAUGAACAAGAGAGCCAUCCUGAGGAGUUCUUUAUACCUUAUGUGUGGCAGCUAGUUAUAUCUCGCAGCGCUUUGGAUUUUGAUCCCAGGAGCAUAAACCUGUUCCCAGUUGAUCUGCCUGUAGAAGAUAGUUUUGAAGGAGUAGAAGUCGACAAGCAUCAAAAUGCCGAGCUAAAUGGGGAUGCUGUUCAGGUUUGAUCCGUCAAAGGUGUGACAGAACACAACCCACUAAAAAAUGAUAAUGUUUCUUAGUGAAUAUGUAUAUAAAUAAAUAGUUAAAAAAAAAUUCUCAUUCUUUUUUUAUGUUUAUACAUACGAGAGAUUGCAGAGGGCCUUUCUGUGUAUAGUUGAAUUUGAGAUACCACCCAUGUAAGGAAUGAGAGAGGUUUACUUGAGUCAUUUUCCAUAGUAUAGUUGCUCAAUUUGGUGAAGCUUUCUCCAUAUUUAUUGGGAAACUGCACGUUGAGGAGGGAACGCACACAAGACAUGAAGAAAGUCACAUAUUGUUCUUCCUUUUUCUUUA